UGUGUGCUACAGUUUGUAUGUGUAAAGUUAAAGUUAAGUUAAAGUACCAAUGAUUGUCACACACACACUAGGUGUAAUGAAAUUUGGCCUCUGCAUUUGACCCAUCCCCUUGUUCACUCCCUGGGAGGUGAGGGGAGCAGUGGGCAGCAGCGGCGGCGCGCCCGGGAAUCAUUUUUGGUGAUUUAACCCCCAAUUCCAACUCUUGAUGCUGAGUGCCAAGCAGGGAAGAAUGCUGGUAUGAGCUUUUAAACAUAACCCGUUAACUGCUGCCAAUCAAACGGUGAAUAAGAUACUCUUUAGGGUUCAUAUGUUUGUAAAUCUGACUGUGAUGAAGUCAGUGCCUCACCAGCCAUGAACCUCACCGCACGUCACUGAUAGCGAGUGCCCGUCUCGAAAGACACUUGGAAAAGUUUGACGGGACUAUCUACACCGAUGGUUCAGCCACCGACGGGACAAAGAAUGGAAGCAGUGCAAUUGUCACCACAGGUUACCCGGAGUCCCCCAGCAUCACAGAGACAAUCGUGGUGCCAGAGAGCCGAUGGUGUUCCAACAACCAAGAAGAAAUGAGGGCUAUGGUGACAUCCCUGUGGUUUCUGACCGAUAUGGAGGAAGGAAAGAGAGUCCAAAUUGUAUCUGAUAGCCAAUCAGUCCUCCAGAGGCUGAAGUCACUCCACCCGUCCAGUCCCCUCAACAACGAUGACGAAGCAGAGGCGCUGGAACUCCUUCAUGCAUCGUACUGGCGGAACCACAAACCCACCUUCAUGUGGUGCCCUUGCCACUCUAGAGUGGUCGGCAACGAGGCCGCUAAGCUCGGGGCAACCUGCGACCCUUCAGCAAGGCAAGAGUGAGGUUGAUGUACAGUAUGGAGAACAGACGUAAAGAGAAUGACCUGACAAGAAGUGAGCGAGUUACAGAGUCGCAUGCGUAGUGGCCAUCCCUCCAACCUGAAAUACUGGCUCGAGAAGAUCGGCAGAGUGGUGCACACCACCUGCAGAAAGAGCAGCUUAAGCGAAUAAACCACGAAACCCGUGCUCCUUGAAUUCCCCUGCAUCCACCAUAGACCAAAGACUCACACUUUUGCAGCAGAUUCUUAAAAACACUAGAGGGCUAUUAAAAAGAUGAUCUUUGACUAGCUUUUUUGCAGAAGUUCCUGAAAAACAGCAGAGCUCGCAUGUCACUGACAGAAAAGUAGGCCAAAAUCAAAUUGGUCUAAAAUUGGCCAAACACUGGACUUUCUGAAAACGUGGCCCCUAAAACAAUUUAGUUUAAUUUCCCUGAUUUAGGAGGCUUUAUCGGCAGAGUAGAUUAAUCUCAUUGUUCGCUUUGUUAGCCACCUUGUACUAACAGUUUUUGUUUCACAUAGGAAUUGUGGAUGAUGGGCAAAAUUUUUUAAAAAGUGCAGUUUUCCUUUUAAGAACUGCACAAUCACAGGAAAUGCUCGGCUUGUGCAGCCUCAGGUUUAUGAUCCAUAGUGCGUAAAUUAUAUAUUGGAAUCGUAUAGAAAUUACAUUUUCAAUCCAGUUCAAUGGACAACUAGUAAUAGUCAUCGAUAUCAUUAUUCGCAUAAAGCCUCUACUGACCGCACAUCACUUGUAUAGUGUACCUUGUUAGCAUAUCCUUUAAUCCCCCAGUGCAGUCGUAAGCAGUGCUUAGUUUUGAUUGGUUGUUGGUUACAAUUACGUCAGUGAUGUUGCUGCCACAUAGAUGGUGAAAGACACAAGAAGACACUAAACCAUCAUAGUUUCAUGAAGUUGGCUGACAUCAUUGACAUGUGCUGCGGUCAUGAACGUGUCGUUUGAAGUAAACCAGGUACCGAUGCUCCAGGAACACAUGAAAGUGCUGAUGUCCAUGCUGCCAUGUCUUCUUUUCAUCUGCAUCAACGGGGUCAUGCUGGUGACCCUGCUGAGAAAGCCUCACCUGCUGGAGUCUUCUCGCUACAUCCUCUUCGGCCACUUGCUCCUCACCGAGUCCCUCCAGCUGCUGCUGGCCAUGCUGCUGUACAUCUUUGCCAUCACCACCGCCACCAUGAUCAAUCACCUCUGCAUGCUGGUGGUGCAACUGGCAGCCGUCACUGUGAAAAUGUCCCCGCUUAACCUGGCCGUGAUGUCACUGGAGCGCUACGUGGCCGUUUGUUUACCGCUCAGGCACGCCAACAUUGUCACCAUCAGGACAACGCGCAUCGCCAUCGUUGUCAUGUGGUCCAUGGCCUCCUUGGACUCCUUCGUCCAGCUGUUGCUCUUCGUCAGGCUGGAGAACAGCAGCUUCAUCGUGUCCCCACACUGCGGGAGACAUAAUGUGUGGCGACUAAAGAUUUACGCCACCAUAGACGCCAUCUUUAUCAUAAUUAAUUUUGUGAUAGUGAGCAUCGUUAUCUUCUAUACAUACAUUGCUAUCAUUUUUACUGUCAGGUCAGCUUCCACAAAUGUUCGGAACGCCAGCAAGGCUCGGAAUACGGUGAUGCUUCAUAUGUUUCAGCUGUGUUUGUGUCUCACCUCCACGCUCUUUAACAUGAUAAAAUCUGGCGGCCCGUUAAUCUUAAAGCCCGGUCUUCAUUUCCAGUACGCUUUCUUUUUAGGUCUCAUUGUUUUCCCCAAAUGUCUAAGCCCGCUCAUAUAUGGCCUGAGAGAUAACACCUUCAGACACGCCUUCAGGGACUAUUUCACCUUUGGCUGCAAAAGGAGUGUUCUGUCUUUAUCUUGAUUUGAAGCAAUCUAUUAUUUGUUUGCAUAGAAGAAGUAUGCUGAUUCACACAUUUCUCCCGAAAGUAAGAGAAAAAAACAGCCCAUUGCUGAU